AAUCAUUUUGUGUUAUGUUGUCUCUCUGUAGCCCUUUGUGUCCCCUUGUUGUCAUUUGAUGUCUCUUUGAUGUCACUUUCCAUCUCUUUUCGGUUACUUUAAGACUCUUUUAACAGAUCUUGCUGUCAUCUAGUGUCUCUCAGAUGAUGUCUUGUCCCCUGACGUCCAUUUAAUCUUAAAUAUAUUCUUCUUCGCACCUUUCAGACUCGUCUCUGUCGAGGAUGAGCCCCUGCUCGGAGUUGGGGAAAACCUGUAACCCGUGUCUGGACGCGGCGAAGUCGUGUAAUCUGAACGAGACGUGCAAACGCCUUCGAUCUGCAUACAACUCCAUCUGCAGCAAGGCCACGCCCCCUCAGUCCACGCCGGCCAAUCAGGAGCCCUGCAGCCGCAAGAGGUGUCAGAAGGCUCUGCGUCAGUUCUUCGAGCGAGUCUCCUGGGAGCUCAGCUACCCCCUGCUGUUCUGCUCCUGCUCGGAUCAGGCCUGCGCUGAGCGCCGCCGCCACACCAUCGUCCCGUCCUGCUCCCACCAGGAGAGAACCAGGCCGUCCUGCCUGGAGCUGAGGGCCAACUGCCGCUCUGACGCGCUCUGCAGGUCUCGUCUCGCUGACUACCACAUGAACUGCCGGCCGACGCCCCACAGCGUCACCAGCUGCCCCAACGAACACUUCCACGGCUGCCUCAUGGCCUACGUGGGCCUCAUCGGUGAGUGA